GCCCAGUGGCCCGCCGAUUGUGGCAACGCCAUGCUACGGGCAGCGUGCGCGGCGUUUCAGGUGUCAUUGUCGGGGGAGGCGUCACAGGCUGUGCCAUGCUCUACAACCUUGCACAGCGGGGCGUCAAGUGCGUCCUUUUUGAAAAGGGCGAGCUAACCUGUGGAGCCACGUGGCAUGCAGCGGGUUUGGUGACCCGCUUCCAUGGGGGCAACAACUUUCGCCUGUGGCAUGAUGAGGGCGUGAACCUCUUCACCCAGUGGCAGAAUGAAGGCACCCCCCUGAGCUUUCACACGCCGGGCUCGAUCCGACUGAUCCCCGAUGAGCAGUCUUACAUCGAAGAGGCCAGAUACCAAGUGGGGAAAGCGAAGAUCUUCUCCUCACUCUUCGGAUGCGCCGAGCACCACAUGAUCUCGCCCGACGAGAUCAAGGAGAGGCAUCCCUUGGUGAACCUCGACGACACUGGGAUCUAUGCCGGCAUCCUCACCGAGGGGGAUGGCCACAUCGACCCCAGCAGCGUGACGAACGCCUUCGCAGACCGGGCAAAAGGCCUUGGUGGCAUCAUCGAGCAGAAGACCGAGGUGGUGGCGCUGAACCUGCUCCCUAGCAAGCAGUGGGAAGUCAUCACCCGCACGGCUGCAGGUGAGGAGAAGCGCACAGUGGCCGACUUUGUGAUCAACGCGGCGGGCCUGUGGUGUGACAAAGUCGGCGCCAUGGCUGGUGUGCGCGUGCCCUCGGUCGUGCUACAGCACCAGUACUGCAUUACCGAGGCCAUCCCGGAAGUGAAGGAAUAUCAUGACAAGCAUGGUCACCAGCUACCUGUGCUCCGGGAUUUGAAGGGCUCCUUCUACUUGCGAGACGAGCGGGAUGGCAUUCUGAUCGGCCCCUACGAGUACUCCGAGGCCAUGGAGUUGGCUCCCACGGAGUGGCGCGAGACGGGCAUGCCCAAUGAGUACGCCAACUUCCUCUUCGAGGGCGACGUGGAGCGGCUGAUGCCUCACCUGGAGCGUGCCAUGGAGAUCGUGCCGCAGUUUGGGGAAGUAGGCAUGAAGACCGUGCUGAACGGACCGACGAUGUGGCCCGCGGAUGGCAACCACCUCGUCGGCCCUGCACCCGAGUGGGACGUGGCACCCAACUUUUGGCUGGCAUGCGCGGAGUCCUACGGCAUCGCGCACAGCGCCGGGCUCAGCCGCUACCUCUCCGAAUGGAUUGCCAACGGGGAGCCGCCCUACGAGCUCAAGGAGGCCGACCCCGCCAGGUAUGGGGCGUGGGCCACGAAGGACUGGGUGGCCUCGAAGGUGCGAGAAACCUAUGGCAUGAACAACCACGUGCACUUUCCCAACGAGAACCUGCUGGGUGCCAGGCCGGUGGAACCGAUUCCCAACAGCGACAUCUAUGAUGUGCUGAAGUCCCAGGGCUGUCAGUUCGGCUUCCACAACGGAUGGGAGUGCGCCAACUACUUCGACCCGGCCUCUCAAGGCGAGCAGCAUGGCAACUCCCGGGGCUCCUUCCGACGGCCGGCCUACAAGGAUCUGGUCGAGAAGGAGUGCCGCGAGAUGGCAGGCUUCGGUGGCAUUUGCUACUGGCCUUUUGCCAAGUACCACGUCUCGGGGCCUGGCGCAGAGGCUUUUUUGGACCGGCUGGUGCCGAACAGGCUGCCUAAAGUGGGCCGCUGCGCCCUCUCGUACUUCCUGACGCCGCAGGGCAAGAUCAGCAGCGAAGUCAUGCUGGUGCGGCUGGCGGAGGACAAGUUCUACGUGGUCAGCUACCCCGAGCAGGAGCUCUUUGACUGGCGCUGGCUGCAUAUGAACAAGCCGGCCGAGGGCGUGGAGAUCGAGAAUGUUACCGCCGAAUUCGGCACGCUCAUGGUCUCCGGCCCCGAAAGCCGCCGAGUCCUGGCGCAGCUGGACGGCGACGAGGCGAACUGGUCCAAGGACAACUUCAAGUUCUACGCCUGGAAGCAGGUGGAGCUCGCGGGCAUCCCUUGCCGGGCCCUGCGCGUCAGCUUCACCGGUGAGCUGGGUUGGGAGCUCCACCCGGCCACGGGCGACGUCGCCCCGCUGUACCGCGCCCUGAAGGCCGCGGAGCCGCGACUGAACGACUGGGGCGGAUACGCCAUGGGCUCCUUCCGCCUUGAGAAAGGCUUCAAGGCCUUCGGUUCCGACAUGACCCGGGACCACCAGGCCCUGGAAGCGGGUAUCAGUGGAAAGUUUUUGCGCAUGGAGAAGGACUUCAUCGGUAGAGACGCCCUGGCUGCGAGCCCUGAGCCCGCGAGGAAGCUGGUGCACCUGGCCGUCACCACCCCCGAAGGUGUUGACUGCGUCGGGAACGAGUCCAUCUUCAACUCUGUCACAGGAGAAGUUGUGGGCUUCACAACCAGCGGUGGGUAUGGCUACCUUGCGCAGCAAAGCAUCGCCUUCGGCUAUGUGUCCUCCGCAGAGAUCGAAGCCGGCGCGCCGCUGGCCAUCGAGGUCAUCGGCCAGCUUUGCGAAGCCCGCGUGCAAGAAGGGGCCUUUCCGGUGAAGGAGGCGGCUGGUGAUUCGCGGCCACGUGGGCAGGCGUCGGGCGAAACAGCCAGGCGCGAGCUGGAGCUGUGA